UCCGCGCGCCUGCCUUCGCCCCGCUGUCGACGCGCCGCGCGCCUGCGCACUGGUUCCCCAUGUGUUCUCCAGCCGUCAGCCGGCCCAGCUGAGCAGCAGUGGGAAAGUCCUUUGGCAACGGACCUUGUCACCAGCGCGGUAGCCUCCAUCACCUGCUGCUGCCCUCCUCUCUCGGUGGUCCGCACAGUGCACGUCGCCAUGGGCAAGAGCCGGACGAAGCGCUUCAAGCGACCUCAGUUCUCCCCUACGGGCGACUGUCAGGCCGAUGCUGCUGCGGCGGUGAAUGGGACCGGAGGCGAGGAUGACGACGGGCCGGCGGUGGAACUGCUGGAAAAACUCCAACACCCGAGCGCCGAGGUCCGCGAGUGCGCCUGCGCGGGACUGGCCCGGCUGGUGCAGCAGCGGCCCGCGCUCCCUGGCCUGGCGCGUCGAGACGCGGUGCGCCGCCUCGGGCCGCUGCUGCUGGACCCCAGCCUGGCGGUCAGAGAGACUGCAGCCGGCGCGCUGAGAAAUCUCAGUGCUUGUGGAGGUUUUGAAGUUUGUGAUGACAUGGUGACUAAGGAUAUCAUGACCCCUCUGGUUGCGCUGCUAAAAGAGUGUAGUGCUGGACUGGAUUCAAAUGAGAUGUCUCCACAGGAGAAAAAAGAUCAGAAGAGAAAUUCUAUUGAGAAUAUAGCCAAUGAGGCUGUGAAUGUGCUGUGGAAUAUAUGUGAAUGCAGUAGUAGAGCAGUGUCUAUAUUCAACAAAGAAGGGUGUUUGGAGAUUGUGUUAAAGUAUUUAAGUAGGUUUCCCACCAGUGUUGACCUGGCUAUUUCAGUAGCAUACUGUUUGCAGACAGUGACUGAGGAUAACCCAGAGCUGCUGAAGUCUUUCAGUGCUACGGCAUUGCACGUGCUGGAAUCAGUACUGCUUUCUCCUGUCAGUUCCAUGGAAUCCCUUCUAUUGAAGACAUUGGUGGCAGGCACAAUUUGGAAUCUAAAGGACAUUAUUCCAUGCAAGAGUCAAGCAGAAAUCAUAAAUGCCUUACUAAAGAUCUUAGCUGAAGUUUUGGAAAUGGAUACUGGUGAAACAGUUAUUCAAAUGAAAGAGGCUGAAAUGCAAAGGCUGAAAACUGCAGCAGAGGCUGAGGAAAUAUUAGAGAACACUAAUGGUGAUGAUUUGAUUGAAGAUGAUGAAAUGGAAGGCAUUUCUCGUAAAAGAAAAGUCAGAAGGAAAACUUUCGUUUCAGAUUUACUUCCGGCCACUGACAAGGAACUGAGAGAGACUAUGGCAUUGCUGACAGCCCAACAGACUGCUCUGGAAAUUAUCGUCAACAUGUGCUGCAAUGAAGAUCCCUCCGAUGACGAAUGGGAAGAGCUUUCUAGCAGUGAUGAAAGUGAUGCAUUUAUGGAGAAUUCCUUCAAUGAAUGUGGGGGACAGCUGUUCUCUCCCCUCUGCCUCUCCCAUGAGGUUCACACGGCUCUCACCAACUACCUCAUCCCAAAGAAGGUUUUUGAGAAAACAGCCUUUCCAAACAGCAUUGCAGUUGACAUAUGUUGUAGGAACCCUACUUGGAAACCUUUGAUUAGAAAAAUGAACACUAUCCAGUGCAGAGCCCUCCUGUGUCUCCAGAGUCUUGUGGCCCUCCUGGAUGUGGAGCACCUGGGAGGAGCUGCAGCCCUUCAGACGCUUGCACAGCAUCUGUCACAGCUGCUUUUUUCUCAACCAGAUUUUGCUAAACGUGCUGACUUUCUAGAAGCCAUAAGUAGUGCUUUGAGGGCCCUUUUGCAAACAAUGGCCUCCAAGAACAUUUCCCAGUGCAUGACUCCUGAUCAGCUGAUGACAUUAUGCAGAGGGGGCAUUCACAGUAGUAACGUCGGGGUUAGAGUGAAUGUCGUUAGCAUUUUAGGAAUCACUGGCAGCGUCCUUGCCAAAGAAGAUGGUACCCUUGAAACUCUUAAGAAUAUUGGGUGCUUUCUGCUUGAGGUUACCACCAAAGAUCCUUCCCUUGUGGUAGCAGGAGAAGCUUUGGAUGCCCUCUUUGAUGUUUUUGCAGAUGGUAAAGAAGCUGAAAGAGCCUCAAUUCAAAUUAAAUUAUUAUCCGCUCUGAAAGAAUUCCAGCCGGUUUUUAAAAUGAAGAUACGCAAAGAAGGGAAAGGGAAUUAUAGCACAGAUCAGCUGUGUGUUCUUGACAAUGUGAAGAUGAAUUUGAGAAGGUUUAUUGCAUAUCAAGAAACUGUUGAGAAAAGAGUGACUUCUUAAUCCAAGGAAGAAACCACUUCUUCCUCAAAGUAUUCAAUGCUCAGAAUACUAAAAGGUUUUCUUUGAAUGUAUGCAUUUCUGAAAGUCAUUCUUUAAUGCUUACUUUCUGUAAAAACUUCCAAAACUGGCCAGCCGUGGUGGCUCAUGCCUGUAAUUUCAGCACUUUGAGAAGCCGAAGUGGGCAGAUCACUUGAGGUCAGGAGAUCGAGAGCAGCCAGGCCAACAUGGUGAAACCCUGUCUCUACUAAAAAUAUAAAAAUUAGCCAAGCGUGGUGAUGCAUCCCAGCUAUUUGGGAGGCUGAGAGGGGAGAAUUGCUUGAACCUGGGAGGUGGAGGUUACAGUGAGCUGAGAUCAUGCUACCGCACCCCAGCCUGGGUGACACAGGGAGACCCUGUCUCCAAAUAAAAAAACCUGUCAGAAACUGUUUUGUUUUGUUUUGUUUUUUAACUUGAGAUGCAGCCUCACUCUGCCGUCCAGGCUGGACUACAGUGGCUCAAUCUUGGCUCACUGCAACUUCUGCCAUUCCAGGUUCAAGUGAUCCCCCUGCUUCAGCCUCAUGAGUAGCUGGUGUUAUAGGCACCCACCACCACACCUGGUUCUUUUAAUAGAGACAGGGUUUCACUAUGUUGGCCAGGCCAGUCUCAAAUUCUUGACCUCAGGUGAUCCGCCCACCUUCCCUUCCAAAGUGCUGGUAUUAGAGGUGUGAGCCACCGCACCUGGCCAGAAACUCUUUAUUAAGCGUUGAGAUCUGUGUGGCAUUUCUAGCGCUAAAUUGUGUCUUCCACAUAUUUUAAUCAUUGGAAACUCAAAGGGUGGAAAAGUGGAAGCACAAAGGAAUCUCAGGUAGCUCUUAACCAAUUUGCAAGCAGUAAAGAAACUUCAAUCAUGUUUUCCUUGAAAUUUGGAGAAAAAAUCCAAAGCUUUGUUUGGAUACUUAAAAAAAUGCUUUUUAAGGCAUUUUAUAUUAGCUUAACCUUAAACUGAAAUAUGAAGACAGGGUUUAUAAACUAGCUUUUUUAUAUGAAGUAUACAAAUUAUGUCUGCUUUUUGUGAAGAAGUGAAUGAGUUGAAUUUGUAUUUCACUACUUACUAGAGUAUACUAAUGAGCUAAUGGAGUCAUUGCCAUCCUCCUUACUCAUCAAUUUGAUGAGUUAUCGCUGUAACAUCACUCCUUGAUUUAAUUUGAUGUGGAAUCAGAAUUGGAAGAAGAUAUUUUUAAAUAAACAACUUUUUAAUGGAAA